AAAGAGGCUUAGAAACAUAUGUUCGCCCAUAUGGGAUUAUUUAAUUCUUUUGUGCUAAGGUUAAGUUUUUUGCCAGUGUGGUCAAUCAUGAACCGUUAGCAACACUGUUUAAAAUCGCAAGAAAAAUACCUGACUUCCUAUACACCAUUUUGGCCAUCGUGGCGGUUAUGUCAUCUAGUCCCUAGCUUCAAUUCCUUCCCACACUCACACAUGGCUAAGACUGCAGAGCCGUGACGAACCGGAGUCACCUCAAAAGAUGAUCGCUGCGCAUGCGCAUAACCGUAAGAUUCACACAUGCCUGGGAAUCGGAUUCGGAAUCGGGCGAGGAUGUGGAUGUGGAUGCGGAUAAGAAUGUGUGUGUUUGUGUGGAUGAGGAACAAGAGAAAUACAUUUUGAAAAUUUAACGAUGCGCACAUUUUAUUACCGCAAUUAAUUACAAAAACAACGCGGCCAAAACGAAAUCUUAGUCACUUUAUCAGAGAGUGAGUCCAGUGGAUACAAAAAGAAAGAGAGAAGUGCAGGGAGAGCGAUCUGAAAGGAGCGAUAAGCUUUAUGAUAGAUGUGACUAGUAGAACGCUGCUAGCAAAUGGUUCUGGGUCUGCAGAUUGCAGCUCCUCUCGUAAUUGGAGGCGCGACAGUUUGUCUCCAGCAGUCAAACUUGGUUAAUUGGAGAAGAGACUCCCGGUCUACAAGAGAGAGCGAUGCGGAGCGAGACCGACCUGUACGGUCAAACCUGUUUCUCGACCAAUUAAAUUCGAGAGCGGGAGCGCAAGCCAGGCUUUAGGCCCGGCCAAAAGACGAUGACGGCUGCUGUGGCCUGUGAGGCCAAGACAUUUCGUGUUUCGACGCGUAACGCGACAGUUGCCCGGCUAAAAAGCGCAUCCGCCUCAGAAAAUAGCCAUCCAAAGCGGUACCGCCAGCGGUCUGUUAGUGAUUCUUCGGCUUGGAGAAGAAUGGGUUUCAAGCACGCCAUGCUGCAGCGCAGUUACGACCUCUCGCCCUCGCCGGCGCGUACUUCACCCACCAAUGGAGUCCAGAACUUGGGAGCUGGCGCACAGUUGCCACCUGCUCAAGUCACUGACUUUAGCAUCAGCAAGAUUCUGGGCAAGGAGCGUAAAUCCGCUCAGGAUACGAGCACGAAUAUCCUGGAUCUCUCAAAGAGCAGCGGCAGCAGUAUUAGGAGCCCUCAGGCUCUUGGAGGGCUGGCAAUGCCAUCAACUCCUUAUGGCGCUGCCUACUCCAUGUUGCCGCCAGAUUUGGUGGCCAUGGCCAAUGCCACCAAGUUCUAUGCCCAAUUCUUCCCGCACUUACUGCCCGCCUAUGCGGCUGCUGCAGCAGCUGCCGGCCUGAGUACUCCUCCUACAUCGCCCUACCAAACGCAUCAGCAUCAGCAGCAUUUGCCAAAUCAGCAGAAACGCUUCUUUGCUCCCUAUGUGAUCAAUGGUUCGGUUCCGCCACCACCACCACCGCAGCAGCAUCAACAGCCUCUCAUCCGCACCAAAAGCACCGCAUGCACUCGUCCGGAUUGCCCGGAGUGCUUGGAUUACUACCAAAGAUUGCAGACUGGUGGCUAUAAGCAGACCGCACCUCUCAUUUCACCCGCCGCCUCCUCGGUGAGCAGCUCCACCGGAUCAGUACGUCCUGUAAGGGAUCUGAUAAUGAGCGCCACUGGAGGAGCCGCCGGCACUAACAUCUCACUGACCACCGUGACCAAUCUGAGCCUGAAUUCGGUCCAGGCGACGGCCGUCGGAAUGAUGCCCAAGAUGACCGGAGGACUGAUCACCACAGCCGUCGGCAGCAAUAGUGGAGCAAUCGGUGGCAUCGGUGGAUACAAUGCCACAUCUGCCGAGGAGAUCAGCUACAAGUGCCGGAUUUGCGAGAAGGUAUUCGGAUGCUCCGAAACUCUGCAGGCUCAUGAAAAAACGCACAAAUCGCCGCGUUACGAGUGUGCGGAUUGUGGAAAGGGUUUCUCCCAGCUGCGGAACUACAAGUAUCAUCUGUCAGUUCACCGUGGAACCAAAGAGUUUGCAGCCGAAUGUCCCGAAUGCGGCAAGACAUUCAACGAUAAGGGAUAUUUGAGCAGUCACCUAAAGAUUCACCGGAACCGGAAGGAGUACGAGUGUCCUUACUGUCCCAAAUCGUUCAAUCAGCGAGUGGCCUUCAAUAUGCACGUCCGGAUUCAUACCGGCGUGAAACCCCACAAAUGCAACGAGUGCGGAAAGAGAUUUUCGCGGAAAAUGCUGCUCAAACAGCACAUGAGAACGCACAGUGGUGAGAAACCGUAUCAGUGCUCCGUGUGCGGCAAGUCCUUUGCCGAUCGCAGCAACAUGACCCUGCACCAUCGCCUCCACUCGGGAAUCAAGCCCUUCAGCUGCCCCCUGUGCCCCAAAGCCUUCACCAAAAAGCAUCACCUAAAGACGCACCUGAACUAUCAUACCGGCUGCAAGCCGUAUGUCUGCCCACAUCCCAACUGCAACCAGGCAUUCACCCAGUCGAGCAAUAUGCGAACCCACGCCAAGAAGUGCCAGUACCGUCCGUUGGAUGGACUCACCGUCACAUCAACCGCACUCCCAGUACCGGGAAAACAACAACCAGGUCCACCACCCACUUUGGCCAUGGCCAUGGCGCAAACUUUUCAAAUGCCGCCACCUCCGGGAGUUCUAACACCUGGAUCUGGUCCAUCACAACCGCCGAGUCAGCAAGCCCUUCUCAGCAAUCUCAGGACAUUCUAAAUGGGUGGAAUCGUUGGGCCCGGCCAGUUUCAACCAAAUUUGUGGCAAUUACAAAGUACAGUACUUCCACUGUUGUUAUUCAUUUUACAUUUAUUUGCAAUUAACGGUUUUGCUAGAAAUAAAAUUAGGAAUAGACUUUAGUUUCUAUCAAAAUAAGCAUAUAUAUUUG